AUGGCAAACCCAACAACAGGGAAGUCCUCGAUUAGGGCCAAGCUUUCUAACUCUUCGCUAUCAAACCUAUUUAAAAAAAAUAAAAAUAAAAGGCAGCAUGAGGAAACGGAAGAGCAGGAAGAGCAGGAAGAGCAGGACAACGAGCAUAAAGAUGAAGGUAAGCACCAAGAUGAAAAUAAGGAGACACAGCUUACUCCCCGGAAGCGUCGUCGGUUGACGAAAGAGUUUGAAGAAAACGAAGCUCGUUACACUAACGAACUGCCCAAGGAACUGCGCAAGUACCGUCCAAAGGGUUUCAGAUUCAAUUUACCUCCAACAGAUAGACCCAUCAGGAUAUAUGCAGAUGGUGUUUUUGAUCUUUUCCACCUCGGCCACAUGAAGCAACUGGAACAGUGCAAGAAGGCAUUCCCUAAUGUGACACUGAUAGUCGGUGUGCCUAGCGAUAAAAUUACUCACAAAUUAAAAGGUUUGACUGUACUGACCGAUAAGCAGCGUUGCGAGACUUUAACGCACUGCAAAUGGGUUGACGAAGUUGUGCCUAACGCUCCUUGGUGUGUUACUCCAGAAUUCUUGUUGGAGCACAAGAUCGACUACGUGGCUCACGACGACAUUCCUUACGUUAGUGCCGACAGCGACGAUAUUUACAAGCCAAUAAAAGAGAUGGGUAAAUUUUUGACUACCCAAAGAACGGACGGUGUUUCCACAAGUGAUAUCAUCACGAAGAUCAUCAGAGACUAUGACAAAUAUUUGAUGAGAAAUUUUGCAAGGGGGGCCACCAGACAGGAACUGAACGUUUCUUGGUUGAAAAAAAACGAAUUAGAGUUCAAGAAACACAUCAAUGAAUUUAGGUCAUAUUUCAAGAAAAACCAGACAAAUCUGAAUAACGCCUCCAGAGACUUGUAUUUCGAAGUGCGUGAAAUCUUGCUAAAGAAAACUUUGGGCAAAAAACUUUACUCCAAGUUAAUAGGCAAUGAGUUAAAGAAACAAAACCAACGACAAAGAAAACAGAAUUUUUUGGAUGAUCCGUUUACUAGGAAACUAAUCAGGGAAGCGUCUCCCGCUACAGAAUUUGCCAACGAAUUUACGGGCGAAAAUUCCACUGCUAAAUCAUCGAAUGAGAACGGAAGUCUUUUCAGCCAGGAAGAUGAUGAGGACACGAAUUCCAACAAUACAAACACGAAUUCAGAUUCAGAUUCAAACACUAACUCAACGCCUCCCAGUGACGAUGACGAUGACAACGAUAGGUUAACUUUGGAAAAUUUAACACAAAAGAAGAAACAAUCUGCGAACUGA